CUUGAUGAAUCUAAGCUGCAGCAAGUUGACAGCCUGUAUAAGGAGUUUGAAACUCCCGAAAAGGCAAACAAAAUUUUGAAGCUGAAGCACUUUGAGAAGUUUCAGGACACAACAGAGGCGUUGGCAGCUGCCACGGCCCUCACUGAGGGGAAAGUCGGCAAGAGUUUGAAGAAAGUGCUGAAGAAAAUAGUUGCUAAAGAAGCUCACGAGCAGCUGGCCAUCAGCGAUGCAAAGCUGGGCGGCGUUAUUAAAGAAAAGCUGGACGUGAGUUGCGUCCACAGCCCCGCCGUGGCUGAGCUGAUGAGAUGCAUCCGUAGCCAGAUGGAAGGCCUCAUCACCGGACUUCCUCCCAGGGAGAUGAGCGCCAUGUCUCUGGGGCUGGCUCACAGUUUGUCCCGCUACAAGCUGAAGUUCAGUCCGGACAAAGUGGACACCAUGAUUGUGCAAGCCAUCUCACUUUUGGACGACCUGGAUAAGGAGCUCAACAACUACAUCAUGCGCUGCAGGGAGUGGUACGGUUGGCACUUUCCCGAGCUGGGAAAAGUCAUCACCGAUAACUUGGCCUACUGCAAAGCUGUUCGCCAUAUCGGUGAUCGCACAAACGUGGCAGGUUCUGAUCUGUCCGAAAUCCUCCCCGAGGAAAUCGAGGCAGAGGUGAAGCUGGCCGCGGAGAUCUCCAUGGGAACGGAGGUGUCGGAGCAGGACAUCGGCAACAUCAAGCACCUGUGUGAUCAGGUCUGUCUGUCUUCAUUACGUGUUCAGACCAAGACGCACUUUUUUCCCCACACA